GCCUGCUACCGCCUCCGUCGGAACUUCCAACUUCGAACAGCCACCACCUGCUUCCUCACUUCCCCUCCAUCGCGCAGCAGCCAUCGCAACCUUCCUUUCCCUCCAUCGCGCAGCCACCGUGCGAACGUGGAAGCCUCCGUCGCACAGCCACGGUCCCGCCGGCGCUAGCUCUGUUCCACUCCGUCGCGCAGGCAUGGUCCCGCCGGUGCUAGCUCUGUUCCACCGCAGCCACUGCCCCGUUCGAAGGUGCUCCUCUUCUCGGUGUCUUCCUCUUGCGUGCUCUGUUCAAGGCUUCUAGCUUCCAGGAAUCAAAAAUCAAAAAUCAAAGAAAUAGAAAAGAAGCAGGAUGAGCUUAAGGAGAAGCUUGCUAGAAUCUAUGAUGUUAAGGACCCCGAAUUUGCGUUCGUGUUCAAGUUCCGCACCCAUUUCUGAGGGGGCAAAUCCACUGGUUUUGGUUUGAUUUAUGACACUGUUGAGAAUGCUAAGAAGUAUGAGCCUAAGUACUGACUUAUUAGGCUGAUUUUAGAGGGAUGUAAUUCAAAAUCCCAGCAAUCAAUGAUGUUGUUUAGGUGUAUCAUGAGCGGUGAGCCCAGCGCUAAAAGACAAUACCACAGUCGCAGGGCGCAUAUUCCAUCUUCGAUUCCUCUCUCUAUUUCAUCCAAAGCUUCCAUUAAUUGUGAAUCGCACCAACCAAUCCUUUUCAAUUUGAAAAAUGCAGGUACUUGCACUUCUUCAUAAUUGAAUCAAAGUUCCUUUUGUAUUCUUCAUGUUGUGAAAAACAUUGCCUUCCUGCACCUUAUGGCACUGAGCUUCAAUCCAUUGCGAAAGGGUUUACAAUAUAGAUUCUUGAGCUAUUUCUAUGAUUAUUCUUUAUGUUGUGUUGAUCUGAAUCUGUGCUCUUCAUCAUUGCCUGCAAAAAGUUCUGUUCCUGGUUUUGGGGCUCAAGGUCAGGGUAAACGUGAAAAUCAUAGUUUUAGGUUUCCAGGGGAAUUGCGUGUUACUGCCAAUGAUGAUGGUCAGAACUUCAAUUUUGGUAGUCUUGAUACACUGAGUGAUGAUGAAGAGGAAGAAGAUGGUGAUGGUGCUGGAAAAGGUUCUAGUGAUGGUGAUGAUGAGGGUCUUGAGUUUAUGAGCUCCUCUAAUAGCAAUGAUAAUCAUGCUUAUGGAGAGAGUAUUGGUAGAGUUGAAAUUGAUGAACAUGAAUUCAGGCACCCUUUGGUUAAGGAAGUUUGUAGGUUGAUUACUUAUAGGUCAGCUUGGAACCCUAGACUUGAAGGAUAUUUGAGGUACUUAUUGAGAAGAUUGAAGCCGCCACAUGUUUGUGCUGUCUUACGCUCUCAAGAAGAUGAACGAGUUGCUUUGAAUUUCUUCUAUUGGGCUGAUCGGCAGUGGCGCUACAAACACGAUGCUAUUGUCUACUAUACAUUGUUAGAUGUGCUUAGCAAGACUAAAUUGUGCCAGGGUGCUAAGCGGAUUCUUAAGCUUAUGAUGCGCCGUGGAAUCAAAUGUUCCUCUGAAGCUUUUGGCUAUGUGAUGGUGUCUUAUAGUCGAGCAGGCAUGUUGAGGCAUGCCAUGCAAGUUUUGACCGUGAUGCAGAAAGCUGGAGUUGAACCUAAUUUAUCUGUAUGUAACAUUGCUAUCUAUGUUUUAGUUAAGGGCAGCAAAUUGGAGAAGGCACUGAGAUUCUUGAAUCGAAUGGAGCUGGUUGGAAUCAAACCUAAUGUUGUCACUUAUAACUGCUUGAUCAAGGGUUACUGUGAUCUGAAUCGGGUUGAAGAUGCAUUGGAGCUUAUUGCGGAAAUGCCCUCCAAGGGAUGUUCCCCUGACAAGAUUAGUUAUUAUACUGCGAUGACUUUCCUCUGCAAGGAGAAAAGAAUUGAAGAAGUGAAGCUGUUGAUGGAGAAAAUGGUGGUGAAUAGUGAAUUAAUUCCAGAUCAGGUUACAUAUGAUACGCUUAUUCACGCGCUAUCCAAGCAUGGACAUGCAGAUGAUGCUUUGGCUUACUUAAGAGAAGCAGAAGACAAGGGCUUCCACAUUGAUAAGGUUGGGUAUAGUGCAGUAGUUAACUCCUUUAGUAAGAAGGGCAAAAUAGAUGAGACAAAGAGUUUAGUGAACGAGAUGUACUCGAAGGGUUGUAUUCCUGAUGUUGUGACAUAUACUGCUAUUAUUGAUGGAUUUUGUCGCAUAGGGAAGAUAGAUGAAGCGAAAAAGAUGCUGCAGCAGAUGUACAAACAUGGGUGGAAGCCAAAUACCGUUUCAUACACAGCUUUGUUAAAUGGCCUGUGCCACAAUGGGAAAUCGUUAGAAGCAAGGGAGAUGCUGAAUGUAAGUGAGGAGCAUUGGUGGACGCCAAAUGCCAUAAGUUAUAGUGUUGUGAUGCAUGGUUUCCGUAGGGAAGGAAACUUGUCCGCAGCUUGUGAUUUGGUUAGGGAAAUGGUUGGAAAGGGAUUUUUUCCAACUCCAGUUGAAAUUAACCUGCUAAUACAGUCCCUGUGUCAAAAUCAGGAAGUGGUUGAAGCUAAAAGAUUUUUAGAAGAAUGCCUGAAUAAGGGUUGUGCCAUCAAUGUAGUAAACUUUACUACUGUAAUUCACGGUUUUGGUCAGAUUGGUGACUUGGAAGCUGCUCUAUCAGUGCUAGAAGACAUGUACUUAAUCAACAAACAUCCUGAUGUUGUCACAUUUACAACAUUGUUUGAUGCAUUGGGGAGGACAGGUAGAUUGGACGAGGCUGCUGAGUUAAUAACGAAGAUGCUGUGCAAAGGUUUGGAUCCUACUCCGGUAACAUAUAGGACAGUCAUCCACCAUUACUGUAAAUGGGAGCAAGUGGAUGAUAUGUUGAAACUAUUGGAAAAAAUGCUUGUUAGGAAGCCAUUAAAAACAUUAUACAAUCAAGUAAUUGAGAAGCUUUGUGCUUUUGGGAAACCCGAGGAGGCUGAGAAACUUCUAGGAAAGGUUUUGAGAACAGCAUCAAACCUUGAUGCUAAUACAUGCCAUGUUCUCAUUGAAAGCUAUCUGACUAAAGGGCUUCCUCUAUCAGCAAAUCGAGUGGCUUCUAGAAUGUUCAGCCGUAAUUUGGUUCCUGAUUUGAAGUUGUGUCAGAAAGUGAGCAAGAAACUAAUGUCGGAUGGAAAGUUGGUCGAGGCUGAUAACCUUAUGUUGCAACUUGUCGAGCGUGGAAUACAACAAAAUGAGACGAAUUUGUGAUAUUAGCUACUACUCCAAGCUUAAAGGUUGUGCCCAUGGUGCUAUUUUCAUGUAUCUUGCAUUUCAUGUAGUAAGGCCAUUCUUUGUUCUAAGGAAAAAUUUUUGAAAAAGCAAAAUUGAUUCUUGUAAUCUUAAAUAUGGUUUAGAUAAUUGUCUUUUUUAAGUUUGGCACAUAUGUAUUUCUCUUUCAUGGCGAUGAUGAUAGGCUUAUCAUUUUCAUGCUAGUGUUUACAUGAUAUAUUAUCUUACAAGUUGUGCAUGAAAAUGAAUUCUAACAUUGUGUGCCUUGUUGACAAUCGCAUGCUUCUUUCCCAAACAUAGUUCUUCCAA